AUGUAAAAAAAAUAGUCUUAAGUAAUACCUACUGCUUUCGAAGAGCUUAGACAGUCUAUUUGUCUUACAAAUUCUAUAAUUUAAUAUAGAAAAAAGCUCGCAUCUAUUCUAGAUUCUAUAAAAUUGGAGUCAAUUGGUGGGCACAAUAAUCAUUUAUAACAUUAGCCUUGUUGUGAAUAAGAAAUAAAUUUUAACUAUGAUGAUGAUGAUGAAGAUCUAGAGGCUCAUUAGAUUUAAGCUACUAAAAAAUAACAGCCUCUUGUGAAUAAGAAAGAUUUGAUUUAAAAUUAAAUGAUGUAAAGAGAUGAGCACAAAGUUGAACUUAAAAUUCUUGUAAAACGUUAUGGCACAGAUAUUUAGAAUGGACAUAAAUAAUAAAAGGCUGAAUAACUCAAUAUAUAAUUAGGUGAUAAUAAACUAUCUGAAAAACCUAAAGAACCUCUAAUUUUUAAAUUUUUGAGAGAACUUAUUACCCCAUUUGCUAUUUUGCUUUGGAUUUCAUCAAUUGUUUGUUUUGUUGCUUAUAAAAUUAAACCUCAGAAUUCUCAAAAUCUUUAUUUUGGAAUUAUCUUAAUUUUUGUAGUUCUCAUUACAGCAUUUAUCACUUUCCAACAAAAUAAAAAAUCAGAAGCAAUAUUGGAUUCAUUUAAAAGCUUUUUACCUCAAAAGUGUGUGGUUAUAAGAGAUGGAAGUGAAACAUAAAUUAAUUCAUAAAAACUUGUACUCGGUGAUAUUGUUAAAAUUAAAGCAGGAGAAAAAAUUCCAGCUGAUAUUCGUUUAAUUAGAGUCAAUGAAAUGAAAGUAGACAAUUCUGCAUUAACUGGAGAAAGUGAAUCUUAAAUUAGAUCUACAUUUUGCAGUCACCCUGAAUCUCUUCUUGAAACCUCAAAUGUUGCUUUUUUUGGUACUUUGUGCAAGGAAGGAUAAGGUAUAGGUAUAGUAAUUUAAAUUGGAGACAAAACAACUCUAGGCGAAAUAGCAAGUAUGGCUUCAGCUGAGAAAAAAACUAAAACUCCACUUCGUAUUGAGUUAGAUAGACUCAUUCUUUUCAUGGUUUUUGUUGCUUUGUCUUUAGGCAUUUUAUUUUUCUUACUUUCUUACUUUCAUGCAGGUUACGAUGCUAUAACUUCUAUUGUUUAUGGGAUCGGUAUUUUAGUUGUCAAUGUUCCAGAAGGUUUGAUAUGUUGUAUUACCAUUUCUCUAGCAAUAACUGCGAAAUCUCUUCAUAGAAAGAAUGUCUUAGUUAAAAACUUAGAGUCAGUUGAAACACUAGGAUCUACUUCAUGUAUUUGUUCAGAUAAAACAGGCACAUUAACUUAAAAUGUUAUGACGGUAGAACAUAUUUGGAUAAGUGGAUAAGAAAUUAAGGCUACCAACAAAAAAUAUGUUGAAGAUGCUACUUUGCUAAAUUAUUAUGAAAAGGAUAUUGCCUUUAAAGAAUUACACCUCAACGCUAUUCUUAGCAGUGAAGCAAAAUUUGAUAUUAGCUAGAUAGAAGAUAAAAAAAAUAUUGAUUAUUUUAAGUGUCUUGUUAAUGGAGAUGCUACUGAAACUGGGUUGAUUAGAUUUUUUCAAUCUAUUGAAGAUAUUUAAAAAACUAGAGAUAAAUACAGAAUCGCUGAAAAUAAAGAGAAAAAUCUAACCAGAAUGCCUUUUAAUUCUACUGAGAAAUUCGCUCUUACUAUUGUUGAAAAUGUUUCUCCUACAAGCGAUUAUUGCAUAUAUGUAAAAGGUGCCCCUGAAAAAAUUUGGAAUUUCUGCUCAUAUAUUUAAAAUGGAAAUAAAGAAGAGAUUAUCAAUGAUCAGUGGGAUAUAAAUUUUGAGAGAAUUAACAAAAAAUUUGGUAAAAGUAGUGAAAGAGUGAUUGGAUUUGCUAAAUUGCUUCUCCAUAGAGAGCAAUAUCCUCUUAAAAAUUAUAAUUUUUAAGUUUAAAGCCCAAAAACGUUUAAUUUUCCACUAAGAGGUUAUGUUUUUACAGGUUUGAUAUCUUUAAUUGAUCCUCCUAAAAUCAGAGUCCCUAAUGCAAUCCUAGAAUGCAGAUCUGCUGGUAUAAAAGUUAUCAUGGUUACUGGUGAUUAACCAUCUACUGCUGCUUCAAUAGCUAAGCAAGUAAAUAUUAUUCCAAAUUUUAUCGAAACCACAGAAGAAAUGAUGAAUAGAUUAAGUAUUACUUGGGAAGAAGCAGUUGAAUAAUGUACUGCAAUUGUUAUUCAUGGAGAUAAAAUUGUGUAGUCAAUAUCUUUUGAAGAAUAGCAAGGCAUAGAAAAAUUUACAAGCCUAAGAGAAUGGAUUAAAAAACCAUACUGUGUAUUUGCAAGAACUACCCCUGCUCAAAAGCUUUAAAUAGUACAAGCAUGCUAAAAAGAAGGAUAAAUAGUAGCGGUAACAGGUGAUGGUGUUAAUGAUUCCCCAGCUAUUAAGUAAGGAAAUAUAGGUAUAUCAAUGAAUCUUACUGGAAGUGACGUUACAAAGGACGCUGCUGAUAUGAUUUUACUUGAUGAUGAUUUUGCAUCUAUUGUUGCAGGCAUAGAAGAAGGAAGGAAGAUUUUUGAUAAUUUAAAAAAGACUUUUGUUUAUCUUUUAUGUUCAAAUAUUCCUGAAAUUCUUCCUUUUUUAGCAUUCAUCAUUUUCAGUAUUCCUCUUCCUUUGAGUAAUAUUUACAUGCUUUGUAUUUGUGUUGGUACUGAUAUCUAUCCAGCUAUAUCUUUAGGUUAUGAAGAGGCAGAAGUAGAUAUUAUGACGAGAAGACCGCGUUAAAAAAAUGAUCAUUUGGUAUCUCUUAAAUUGAUGACUCAUUCUUAUGGAUUAAUGGGCAUUAUGUCAAUGUCAUGUGGUUUUAUUGCAUAUUUUAUCAGUUUAAAUUAUUUUGGUUUCAAAACUCUUGAAUUAUUCGGAAUGGCUACUUAUUCCGCAUACAAACCUCCAGCUCACCUUUUUACAAUAGAUCCAAAAAUUGCAUAAUUUUCAUAAUAUUAACAAUAUGGGGUGAUGUACAACUCUAAUGUAAUGCUUGGAAGUAAAACAUGUGAUGAAGAUUUAUACAUUUUAAAAUAAAACUAUAAAGAUUUUUUAUGGAUCAUCGAUUGGACUCAGAUAUAAAAUGGAUAGUAUGAUUUAAGGAAAGCAUUUAUAGAAUGCAAAAAUGGUAAAUGGUAGAGUAAAGUUGGUGGUUGGUCUGACUGCAAUAUCAACAGCAGUUAUACAUAUUCUGAUUUUGUAUAAAACACGGCUUGCUAUUCAACAGAUGCUUUGAAGUAUGCUUAAUCAAGCUUCUUCUGUUGCAUUGUUAUUUUCUAAUGGAGCAACAUUUUUGCAUGUAAGGCUAGAAAAUCUUCAUUUUGUACUUCACCCUUUAACAUCAAAAUGAUAUAAGGCAUAUUUUUCGAAACUUGUUUGGCAGCAUUUUUAGUAUUAACCCCAGGAGUCAAUACUAUUUUUGGAGGCCGCCCUAUAGAGUUCUGGUAGUUUGGGGUUUCUGGAGUUCCAUUUUCUAUAAUGGUACUAGCGUGGAAUGAGGUAAGAAAAUAUCUCAUCAGAAAAUAUAGAUGGUUCUUAAAAUAUUCUUAUUGGUGA